AAAAACACGGAGAAAAUAACAGGGCGACAAGCGGGGAAAGCCGAAAGGGGGAGGCGACGCAGCCUAGAGGCGUAAUCCCAAGAAGCUUCAACCUCCGAUUCCCGAGAGCAUAUCGUCCAGGUUCCUGAAUUUACAUCCGGAUCCACUGGAGGCGUCCCCUACCCGUCCACGAUAGUAACCGCUCGCUCCCAGAAAAGUCCUCCCCCACCACGCGCUCGACCAGCGGUUCAAGAAAUAACCAUUACGAAGUUGGUUACAAAGUAUUGGUAAAAUAUAGCAAUGGCAUCAUCUUCGGACCCAUGGAUGAAAGAGUACACUGAAGCAUCUAAGCUUGUUGAUGAUAUAAGUUCCAUGAUUGCCGAUAGAGGAUCUCUUCCACAAUCAGGCCCUGAAAUUAUGCGUCACACAUCAGCUAUUCGCAGAAAAAUAACUAUUCUUGGGACUAGACUGGAUAGUUUGGUGACGUUGUUGUCCAGGAUUCCUCCAAAGUCACUCACUGACAAGGAGAUGCAUAAGCGCCAAGAUGCGCUUUCCAACUUAAAAUCGAAAGCAAAGCAGAUGGGGACAAGUUUCAAUGUGUCAAACUUUGCAAACAGGGAGGAUUUGCUUGGUCAGGGUAAGAAAGCAGCUGAUGAUAUGAGCAGAGUUGCUGGGUUGGAUAACCAAGGGAUUGUUGGCCUUCAGAGGCAAGUUAUGAAAGAACAAGAUGAGGGUCUUGAAAGGCUGGAGGAGACAGUACUGAGCACAAAACAUAUAGCACUAGCAGUCAAUGAAGAACUUACUCUGCAUACAAGAUUGAUUGAUGACCUUGAAGAUCACGUGGACGUUACGAACUCCCGACUUCAGCGUGUGCAAAAGGGGCUUGCAGUUCUGAACAAGCGCACCAAAGGUGGCUGCUCAUGCAUGGCCCUGCUGCUAUCUGUUGCCGCCAUAGUGCUGCUCGCCGUGAUUGUUUGGCUUCUCAUCAAGUAUCUGUAAAGAAGAUGCUGCUUUGCAACCUUUGUUCAUUGCAUCGCUUGUUUGCUACUCCAUUGGAAUGUGCAGUCUCUCGAAAGAUAUAUGAUGGUUUUUAUGGUGGUACUUUCCUUUUUUUUUUUUUGGAAUGGUUAUACUCCGAAUCAAUAUGUACAAGGUAUGAGGCUCGGGCAUACGUCCAGCAAUAUGUGUGAACAUUUGUGCCCUUGUAAGCUUGCGGUGAGAAAUGUAGACAUUUUAUGUGAGGAUUUAUACAUAUCCUGUACCUGUCA